UUGAAAACACGCAGUUCGCAACAUUUUGUGGGAGCUCGGUCGGCGCCCGGUGGAUGAUCGGAGCGGGAGUAUCUGCAGCCCACUUGCAGGCCACGCCGCCAUUGCUGCGACCAGCGCGAGCCGCGGGAGCGCGAGGUUCACUCACUCACCAGAAUGAAGCGAAAGGGCCGGCAGCACCGGGCGUCCGCGCAGCAGCGGGCCGCCUCCCCCAUCAGGCCUUCGCCAAACCGCGAGACGCUGACGUACGCGCAGGCCCAGCGCAUGGUGGACAUUGAGAUGGAUGGGCGUGUGCACCGCAUCAGUAUUUACGACAAGCUGGAUAUCGUCUCGGAGGAUGACCCCGCUGCUCAGGAGAUGGUCGAAUGCACAAGCAACAAGGAGAACAGGGAUAAGUCGCAGCAGGUGCCGGUGCGCUCUUUGCGGCUCAAGAACAGCCAGCAGAAGAAGAGCGCAGCUCCGGCGAGUGUUCAGAGUGGGCCGGUGUCAGGGAGCGCGCUGCCGGAGCCCAGGUUCCGCACAGUGGAGUACAACCUCCCCGUGGUGCCACGUAGGCCGGCCGCUUACUACAAGUAUGUAGAAAAGAGCCCAGAGGAGCUGGACGAGGAGGUGGAGUACGACAUGGACGAGGAGGACUACGCCUGGCUGGACCUGGUCAACGAGAAAAGGCGGAGCGAUGGCUUUGGCCCCGUGUCGCAGAAUGUCUUUGAGUUUCUCAUGGACCGUCUGGAGAAGGAGUCGUUCUUCAAAAGCCAGGGCCAGGCGGACCCGCAGUCACUCAUCGACGAGGAUGCCGUGUGCUGCAUCUGCAUGGACGGCGAGUGCCAGAACAGCAACGUGAUCCUCUUCUGCGACAUGUGCAACCUGGCCGUACACCAGGAGUGCUACGGUGUGCCCUACAUCCCUGAGGGCCAGUGGCUGUGUCGCCAUUGCCUGCAGGCGCCAGCGCAGCCUGUCCAGUGCAUCCUCUGCCCUAACAAGGGAGGGGCCCUCAAGAAGACAGAGGAUGACCGCUGGGGGCACGUGGUCUGUGCUUUGUGGGUGCCGGAGGUGGGCUUUGCUAACACGGUCUUCAUUGAGCCCAUCGACGGCGUGAAGAACAUUCCAGCAGCCCGCUGGAAGCUCACCUGCUACCUCUGUAAGGAGAAGGGUGUGGGUGCUUGCAUCCAGUGUCACCGUGCCAACUGCUACACAGCUUUCCACGUGAGCUGUGCGCAAAAGGCCGGCCUCUACAUGAAGAUGGAGCCCGUGAAGGAGGUGACGGAGACAGGCUCAACCACCUUCUCGGUGAAGAAGACGGCCUACUGUGGCUCGCACACGCCCAACGGCUGCGUCAGGAGGCCCCUCACCAUCUAUGAAGAAGCCAAACCCAAAAACGGGCUUUGCCAGAAGGGGGGCAAAGUGAACGGCAGGGUGAGGACCAAAGGCAGUCACAAGAAGAAGAGUAAAAAAGUGGACUGCGAGCCUGUGGCUGUUGUCCCAGCCGUUACUGUGCCGAGCAUUCCCGCCCAAAGGUUUAACGCAAUCCUCAACCAGGUCUCUGUUCAGAAGAAGAGGGCUUUUGCUGAGCUGGUUCUGAGUUACUGGGCCCUGAAGAGGCAGUCAAGGAAUGGCGUUCCCUUACUGCGGCGGCUGCAGUCCACGCUGCAGAGCCAGAGGUCGGCACCACGGAACGAGAGCGAGGAAGAGUGCCGGGCACUGAAGGAGCAGCUGAAGGAGUGGCACCGGCUGCGUCACGACCUGGAGAGAGCGCGCCUUCUUCUAGAGCUCAUCCGCAAGCGAGAGAAGCUGAAGCGAGAGCAGGUGAAGCUCCAGCAGAUGGUCCUGGAGAUGCAGCUCAGCCCCUUAACCAUCCUGCUCAAUUCAGUGUUGGACCAGCUCCAGGAGAAGGACCCGGCCAAGAUCUUUGCGCAGCCUGUCAACCUGAAAGAGGUACCAGACUACCUGGAACACAUCAAGCACCCAAUGGACUUCUCCACCAUGAGGAAGCGCAUCGGCGCUCAAGGCUACAGGAAUGCGGAUGAGUUCGAAGCUGACUUUGACCUCAUUGUGGCCAACUGCAUGAAGUACAAUGCCAAGGACACCAUCUUCUAUCGGGCUGCGGUGCGUCUGCGUGACCAGGGUGGAGCCGUGCUUCGUAAGGCCCGGCACUACUCCGAAAGCGUUGGCUUCGACUACAGUACCGGGAUGCACCUGCUAGAGGCCCCAAAGCUGGAACCCCGGCCGCCAUUCUCCUGGGAGGAGGUUGAUCGGCUGCUUGUCCCGGCAAACCGACAACGCAUGUCACUGGAAGAGCAGUUGAAAGAGCUGCUGGAGAAGCUGGACCUGACAUGUGCCAUGAAGUCGAGCCCUUCCCGCAGCAAGCGGCUGAAGCUGCUGAAGAAGGCCAUCAGUGAAGUGCGUCACGAGAUGAGCCUGAGGAACGUGCUGCCGGCUUUCCAGGAAACCUGCUGCUCUGUGGCAGAGGAGGUGGUGUCUGCUGGACAGAGCGCCGAGGACGACGGGGACAAAUCGAUGCCGCCGAUGCUUGAGCCGUCUGAUACGCUGCCCCCGCCUCUUAACUCGGACACUAACUCAGAACCACCAACCCUGAAACCGGUGGAGCCCACCCCCGACAGCAAGUGCCACCGGCGUGUUAAGUUUGACAAUGAGAAGACAGACACUUCAGGGUCUAAGGAGAUGCCAAACGGACAGAUACCGAACCACUUGCCGCUCAGCACGGCAACCACAUUGAUGCCACCGGAGCCCUCCUCCCAUGUGAACCGCCGCACCUCUGUGCUCUUCAGGAAGUCUAAAAGUGUGAGCCCUCAGAAGCCGGUUAAAGCGAGCGAGGCACAGCCUGGCUGUCCCCCACUGGGCACAAAGACGUUCCUGUCUGUGGUCCUUCCCAGACUGGAGACCCUUCUGCAGCCGAGGAAGAGGUCUCGCAGUACCAGUGGGGACAGCGAGGCGGAGGACGAGUCCCCGGUCAAGCGCUUGGACACAGGGUUGUCCAAUGGCUUUGCGGUUGAUCCGCAGAAAGAGCUAAGCCCCAGCAGACAGCUGGAGCCACGUAGGAGGUGUGCGUCCGAGUCAAGCAUCUCCUCAAGUGGCAGCCUGCUGUGCAACACCAGUUUCAGCCUUCCCAAGUGUGGCAAAGGAAAGCCGGCACUCGUGCGCAGGAGCACCGUGGAUGACAAGAGCGAACUCAUUGCCUGCAUAGAAAAUGGAAACUUCGCCAAAGCUGCCAGGAUUGCAGCUGAAGUCGGCAACAGCAGCAUCUGGAUGCCAGCAAGUGCCGCCACUGUCGUACUGGAGCCGCUGAAAUUGGUAUGGGCGAAAUGUAGCGGAUACCCCUCAUACCCUGCCCUGAUCAUAGACCCCAAGAUGCCCCGGGUGGGCUGCCACCACAACGGUGUUUCCAUCCCAAUGCCCCCCAUGGACGUACUCCGCAUUGGAGAGCAGAUGCAGUACAAGUCAGGAGAGAAGCUCUUCCUCGUCCUCUUCUUCGACAACAAGCGCAGCUGGCAGUGGCUUCCUAAAUCCAAGAUGGUCCCCCUAGGCAUCGACAAGACUAUCGACAAGAUCAAGAUGAUGGAGGGCCGUACAUCCAGCAUCCGCAAGGCUGUGCAGACGGCCUUCAAACGCGCCAUGAACCACUUGAGCCGCGUGCAGGACGAGCCCGUCAGUGACCUGAGUGACGUGGACUGAUCCUGCGCUUUUGCCAGAGGCCUUGUCGGGGCCCCUGUAUCCGCUACCUAUGCACAGCACUCCCGCCCCCACCUCUCUGCUCACACAGCUCUUUAUGAAUGAAUAAACAUGUAGGGCUGUGCACGUUUCACUUUUCCUUCCACUUCCACUACUAAAUAGCUCUGUAUUUAAUAAGCAUUGUACAUAUCUGUACAUUUCCUCACUAUAACUUAUUCUGUAGAUUUUUUUUAAAUUGUACUGUACAUUGUUUUUUAUUAAUAUUUAUACUCAUUUGUGUUAGCACAAGGUUGUGUCUUUACUGGUGCUAUGAACAGUCCCGGCCGAGACGGACACUUCACACAGGGCUAAAACGGCCGUUUGGAAAGUAUCUCCACCUUUUUCCAGGUAUCAUUUUUUUUUUUUUCUUUUCUUUUUUCGUUUUUAAAUUAUUGAAGUUUUUCACCUGAGCUCCACUUGUUGGCAAAUGUUUAUUUUUUUUAAUAAUGUUUUUUUUAAUGAGAAUUUUACUAUGGUUUUGUUUGUAUAUAUUUAUAUAAAUGUAUAUCUGUAUACUUCAGAUGCUCCGUGGGAAAUCUUUAGUAGCUAUGGAAACUGAAAGUGCGCCAUUCUCAUGAAACCAAAAAUAGUCGCUGCCCAGAUUUUCCUUACCUUUACUGUUCCUUUUCUUCUCUUUUGUACCUCUGUCUCUGUCUCGUGUGAAAGGCGUCACGCAGUUAACUGUCUCUUCCUUUUUAUACCAUGGUUUUUCACUGUGUUUUUGGGACCUUUGAAUCCCUGUAAGGAUGUGUGUGUAUUAUUGAGGGAAAAGCAUUACUUUUUAUACGGGAAAAACGGUGUGAAGUUCACUGGCACUGAUUUUGUCGUGCCGCAGAUUAUUGGUGAGCUCUGUGUUAGUCCUGUAAUUUUGAUGGUUGAACUGUAAUACUUGUGAUGUUUGUUACGUAGGAUCCUGGGUAGCAAAGGGUAGGUCUAAGUUCUCACGUGGUAUUUUACGUACAUAGAACUGGUACUUUAUUUUUUCUUUUCUAAAACCACAUUAGAUAACGAGAAUAGGCCCUGGAAUGGCCUAGUGCUUUAUUUUGGAUUUUCUAAAUGAAUACACUGAAAAUAAA